AUGGCUCGAGAAGAUGAAUAUGAUUAUCUAUUUAAAGUGGUGCUUAUUGGUGAUUCCGGUGUCGGAAAGAGUAAUUUACUUUCACGCUUUACUCGAAAUGAAUUUAAUUUAGAAAGUAAAAGUACAAUUGGUGUAGAAUUUGCUACACGAAGUAUACAAGUAGAUAAAAAAACGAUUAAAGCACAAAUAUGGGAUACAGCUGGCCAAGAACGUUAUCGUGCUAUUACAAGCGCUUAUUAUCGUGGUGCAGUUGGUGCAUUACUUGUUUAUGAUAUAAGUAAACAUGGUACGUAUGAAAAUGUUGAGAGAUGGUUAAAAGAAUUACGUGAUCAUGCUGAUGCAAAUAUUGUUAUUUCACUUGUUGGAAAUAAAUCUGAUCUAAGACAUUUACGUUCAGUACCAAGUGAUGAAGCUAAAACAUUUUCUGAAAAAAAUGGUAUUUCAUUUAUUGAAACAUCUGCAUUAGAUUCCACGAAUGUUGAACAAGCAUUCCAGAGUAUUCUCACUGAAAUUUAUCGUAUUGUUUCCCAACGUCCAAUGCCAGAUUCAAUGGGACAACAAAGUAAUGGUGGUUCAGGAUCAGGAAAUUUUCCAUCAAUUCGUUUACCUCCAACAAAUCCUGUAUCUGAUACAAAACAAAAUUCAUCAUGUUGUUCUUAG